GACGGAGUGUGAUUGGCUGUGGGAUCACUCCAUUUUGGAAACAGCUGUUUAAAGCCCUAUCAGUCUUUCUCAUUGUGUUCAUAAGGCUGUCAGUGGAGCGUUGAAUGUGACUAGGAAUCUCCGAAAAGAUCAGUUAAAAUCCAUUGAAGCGGAGUGUGGAAUGCGGGAAGAGCGUUUGGGAAUGAAGGGGAAUCCCGACAAACAGUGAAUGGCGUAAGGCGUAGUAACAAGUGGAAGAAAGUAAAGCGGAUCAAGGUCCUCCGAGAGCUUUGGAGCACCAUGUCAUUAGCGCUUGGAAUGUGUUUGGUGUAAUGAGAGGGCAGUUUGUGAGCAGAUGAUGGACGUUGAGGCGUCAUAUUCAGAGUUCAUAACCUGUGAUCGUACAGGUCGCAGGAACGCGGUGCCGGACAUUAAAGGAGAGGCAGUAGCGGUGGGGACCGGUGAACUAACCAAAGACAUGGCUCAGAUGGACCUGAAAGCUGCAGAGGGAGAUGCUUCUGGAUCUCCAGCACCUGAAGCAGAGGCAUCUGGGAGCCAGGAUAAACCGGGGACAGAGGGACCGUCAUAAAGAUGAAGAAUGACCCAGAGGAGAGAGGAAAGCUGGGGAGUUCUCUCCUUUUCUCCUGAAAAUUCUCCUCAUCUUUGCUCGUCAGGCAGCAGUGAAGAGCUCCUCUCAUAGACUGCCAUUAAGGUGGACGUCCACCCAUUGCAUGCUGUUGAGUGCCUAAGAGACAGAUGGAGAAGACACUGCCUUUGCAAACACCACUAAAUGGGUCAAAUCUGUCGAGGACUGUAUUCAUCCACAGCGCUGAGUGAGGGAAGUUUGUUUUUUCUAACAGCGGUUGAGCAGAAGCACAGGCGUUUUGAUAUUUUUUCCAUCCUAAACUUAAACUAAACCGUUCAAUCUCGUGUUGAGUUACUGUUAAAACAAAUACUCAGAGCUACUGUAAACUAUAUAGUACCAAAUAUAGCCUUUUUGUUACAGCCUAUGACAUGGAUGGCUCAGUUUAAUUAUUUUUUUUUGAAAACAAUGACCACUGCAGUUGAAGGUGGUCUGACUAUAGAACAGAAUUCCCAAAUAUUGCCUGCGGUCAGAAGAGGUUUGUUUCUAUACUUCAUUAUAUACUGUAACACAAAUGUAACAUAAUUAACUAUAUUUAUGUAGUAUCUGAGUUAAUGCUUUCUGCUCCUGGCACUGUUUUGUGGUUUUUGUCAGACUCUCAGAAACACUCAUUGACACACAUUGCAUUUAUAUUGUGACCUAUAAAUGUAAGUACCUCAAAAUAAAAGGAAUGACUUUA